CUGACAGACAGAGCGAUCGAGCAAGCAUCUAGUGCAGGUGUUUUUUGAGGAGUGGAGUUACAAAAUUAUAUAACUAGUACCUAUUCAAAAUGGGGAAACAUUUUGGUGAACUUGCUAAAAUUCGAGGAUUAAUCAGCUACAAGUUGUCGCCUCAUGAACAACGCGCCUUUGCAAAUGCUGUAUCUCAUGGAAUUCCAAACAUAUUUCGCAGAUUCCGUGAGACUGUCUUCAGAGUAGUUCCACCGUUCGUUAUUGGUUAUCUUAUAUAUGAAGGAGUUGAACGAGAGCACCAUCGUCGGGGCCGUAAAAAUCCUGCUGAUUUUGAAAAUGAUCAAUAAAUAAUGUUGUAUUUUCAUUUAAUUAGAUUAUUUAUUGUUUAGUCCUAACUUAAAUAAAUCGGUUUUAAAAAGC